AUGAAAGUGAUGAUGGUGGUGAUGAAAGUGAUGAUGAUGGUGGUGAUGAUGAUGGUGGUGAUGAAAGUGAUGAUGGUGAUGAUGAUGAUGAUGAUGGUGGUGGUGAUGAUGACGUCAGCCUUUGGGGCUGAAUAAUUAGCACUUCCUGUGACAUCCAGCAGAGGCAGCAGUGAGUCAGUCCCACAGACAAAUGUCUACAGCCUGAGAUGCAGACUGUACCAGGUGAUUUUAUAACUCACCUGUUUGCAUUAUUAGGGGCGUGGCCUCUGUGACUGACAGGUGCAUGGUGACACAGGUGGCUAUAGCUGCUAACUGUGUGUUAGCUUCACCUGAACUGGACCUCUGCACUAUGUUUGUGCUGUUGGAGCAUUUUAAUGACAUCAUGUGACCAAUAACAUGGCUGCUGUGAGGUCACUGUAGAAACAGAGUGUACAGGAAGGCGGAACUCCAGCUCUGCUCAGCUCUGAUUAGCAGGUAACUGUGUCUGUGGAUGCAGACUGAUAAUGCUCCACAAACCCACCAUGGUGGACGUCAAAACAGUGGGUGACACCACGGUCGAGUGUGAGUGGGUCAUUCAUCCCACGGCUGUCACACAGUGGCUGCUGGAGUGGCUGUGUGGACACUGAGGGUAAAGGGGGGAGCUCCAGUCUGCAGUGUGGGACCCAUGUCCCCACAAACAUCUCGGGACCUCUGACAGGAUGAAGGAAACCUAAAAUCAGACAUCUUAACGGGAAGCAUCUGCGCACGGAUCAGGGUUUAAAAUGCAGGAAGUGAAGGAAGCCAGAAUGAAGCCGAUGCUGCGUUCAGCUUUCAUUAAUGUGAAACUGGAGCCGCUCGCUGUGUGAAUAAUGAGAGAAAAUUCCUCCUGCUCGGGGAUCAAUGGAGGAAGCGGCGAGCUCAAGUGUUGCUCAUAACUGCACAUUUCAUCUAUUGAUCAGCUGCUCUGUGGGAGCCAAUCAGCUGAGGCUCUGAGUAAAUGAAUUAAACUGUAUGUGUGUGUGUGGUGGUCCCCCGGGCUUUAGUGAAGCAGGAGGUUACAGCUGGGGCUCAGUGGGGAGGAUCGAUGGAGGAGGAGGAGACAAGCGCUCCUCUGCCUCCCGCUUCACUUCAGAGUACCAAGACAGGAGAGGAAACAUGGACACCAGGAACACGCUGACCAGAGGCAGGCUUUUAUUUUGAAACUUCUCUGGAACAGCUCUCCACAAAAACACUUUUAUUUUGUAGAUUUAAUUUUAGAUUUAAGGAAAAAAAGAUGACCUGCUCGAGGACCGUGAUGAUUAACCGACUGAUGCUCGGGGUCGUCGUGGCAAUUGGGGUGGUCCAGGUGAAGGCAGCACGGGUGGUGAGCGGUCAGACAGUGUGUGUGGGCGGGGCCGAGCGUCCCUGCUAUAAGAUGGCAUACUUCCACGACGUGUCGAGCCGCGUUGCCUUCAGCGAGGCGCGUCAGGCCUGCGAGAUGGACGGAGGAGCGCUGCUCAGCAUCGAGAGCUCGACGGAGCAGCGAGACAUUGAGCACCUGCUGCAGGAGCUGCGUUCAGGUGCGGUGGGUGGGGCAGGAGGGGGCGGGGGCAUAGCUGACGGGGACUUCUGGAUCGGCCUGACUCGGGUGGAGGGAGCGGAUCAGACUCACUCGGAGCUCAGCAACGCCUUCACUUCCUGUCCACAGCUCUACCAGUGGACUGACGGCAGCGUGGCCUCCUUCAGGAACUGGUACUUCGACGAACCGUCCUGUGGAGGCGAGGCCUGCGUUGUCAUGUACCAUCAGCCAACUGCGCCUUCUGGUCUGGGCGGGGCUUAUCUCUACCAAUGGAACGACGACCGCUGCAACAUGAAACACAACUUCAUCUGCAAAUACGACCCAGAGAGCCAUCUGGUGAAAGAACAUGGUGACACACCUGGUGGGCAGGAUACAGCAGUGACUGCAGGUGGAGGCGUGGCCACACAGCCUGCAGACAACGAAGACGUUCCACCUCAGUUCACCAUGGCCGGAGCUUCAGGUAUGCUGCUGCUGUACGUUGUCAUCCCCACCAUCCCCCUGCUGCUGCUCAUCCUGGUGGCUUCUGCCACCUGCUGUUUUCAGAUGCUCAGCAGAAGUGAUUCCCGAACCAAGACGCCCAGCGACCAAUCAAAUCUGUGGAUUUCCAGGUCACCCAAAGCUGACAGCAUGGAGGUCUGACAUCACAGCACAGUGUCAGCAGGGCAGAGGGAGGACAUCACUCUACGGUCAAACCAAUCAAUGAUCUUCAUCGCAGGGCGUUUACGGACAGGCGGCGAUGUCAUCACAGAGACUUCUUCUUCUGUACUUCUUAUUCCAGUUUCCUUUCUCUCGUUUUAUCAACCGUCCCUUUGCUCUUCUUCAAUCCUCCCCCACUUCCUCCUCGUUUCUUUUUUGCUCCCCUCUUCUUUGUCCUCCUUGAUUCCUCCUUUCCUUCCCUCCCUCCCUGCUCCUCCUGCUGUUACUGUUAGCCAGAUGCUCCACAUUUAAUUAAAGUAAAUUGGGUGAAGUUAAUGAAGGAGGGGAGCUCUGAGCAGCUGAGAGUAAAUCAAGCGUCCCUCGGGGGGGUGGAGUCACAGCAGGGGUGCGUCUGAUUUCACAGAGAGCUGAUGAAGCAGCUGCUCCACGGAGACGGUGGGUGUUAACAAAACAGUUAAUAAGUGCGGAGAGUUAGAUGGUUUUAAAAGUUUUCAGGACAAUAAAAAGGGGGUGGAGCUUAAAGCAGAAUGAUUCCCUCUGAGGAUCGCUUCCUCAGAUCACUGAUUGGUUGUUCAGACUUCAGAUCUGUGGGAUCAAAAACUGAAAAUACUCAUGUUUGUAAAAUGCUCUCUUCCUGAAUAUGAGCUCACCUGGAUCAGUGUCAGGCUCCGCCCACUGAACACCACAUUAACCAUGAAUGCAGCAGAGAAUGCAGCAGAGAAUGCAGCCGCUGACCGAUGGUUCGACCAAUCACGUCAUCCUCUGGCAGUUUUUAUGGUCAUGAUUGGGCAAGUGGCAGUCCCAGGUGUAACGACUGCUGAGUUUAAGGAGGGCCACCCAAAACACACCUGAGCUGUGGAUCAGAAACACAGCUGUCAAUCAGUGUGACGGUGCUGCUGAGGACGAUGUGAUUGGCUGAUCGACAGCUUCAGUUUAAAACACGGACACUCAUCAGAGCCCUGCAGGAAUUUCUAUGGCUAUAGUGGUUUGGGGGCGGAGCCUGAGGCGGAUCGUUUUCACCCUGAUACCAGAUUGGCUGAUGUGUUUGCAUAUCAUCCCUUCUGUGCUUCCGUGUAAUGAGGCCUCCGAUGCUGCAGCUCCUUCACCUUGUGACGUGAACACAAGCUGAACAUGUGCAGAAACCAGACGAGUCUCAUGUUUGUGCUAAUGCUCAGAACACGUCACAGGUCUGUGUCUGAAGGAGCCUCUGUGCCCCCCCCCCCCCCACACACACACAGACAUCCCUGUGUUUUCAUUGUAAUGUCGGUGAUUUCAGUUGGCGACUGUGGCUCAGGGGGUUGGGAAGGGCACCUGUAACCGGAAGGUCGCCGGUUCGAUUCCCGGCCUCUCUGUCUUGGUCGUUGUGUCCUUGGGCAAGACACUUUACCCUACCGCCUACUGGUGUU